GGUAUGAGGCCGUCGCUCAACAGCCCAACUACGAACAAGUUGGAAAAAGGCACAGCCCAGACGGCAUCAAGGGCUCAGAAGAAAAGAUCACGCGUGAUGAGGCCGUUGCUCUACAGCUCGACGACGAGCAAGAUGAAAACUCUUCUGACACAAGUCAAAAGAGGAAGCAUGAAACUUCCAAUCCAACUCAAGAAAAUGACCAGCAGGAAGGAAGCAGAGAGUCAUCAAUGGAGAAAAUACAAGAUAUAGCUUUGGGGUUAAAUGGGUUAGGACGUGCUGGGGUGGACUGGAGAAAUGAGCAGCUCCUCUCCCACUGAAAUAUCCCAUUACAUAGCACAGCGUCUCAACAUUAGCCUCUCCUAACCAAAUCCUACUGUCUGGCUUCUCGUGCCAACCCUGUUUUUACUGAACGGCAGAGGGUGUCAGCGUGUUCCUGGCGCUAUAACCAGGUGCUCCGGGUAGGUGGAGCUCGUAGGCUUGGUUGCCAGUCCACCUAGGAGAGGGACAACUCUGAUCUCAAACCCGGGUAGGUAGAACUCGUCAGCCUAGGACGGCUGUCUGCCUAGGAGAAGGACAACUCUGAUCACAAACCCGGGCAGGUAGAGCUCGUUAGCCUUGGCUGGCAGUCUAUACUUGUAGCUGUCUGCAUGCGACAGCGGCCACACCCCUGGCAAAGUAGUUUCAAAGGAUUAUGGGUAUGUCAGCCCUUGCAUGUGAAGACUGAUUCCCGGCAGAGCGAGCGGAUGAGAUCAACAGUGGAUCCAACGGUCGUGAAGGCGGUGUCAGCAAGUGCUUGUGGAGCGCGUUAGAGCAUGGACGUGACACAUAGUAAGUCCUGGUCAUCCACUGCAAAAGUCCUGCGGCGAUGGGCGAGUGGCGAGGCAACAGGUGUUUGGUGAGCACUGGCAGUUGUUAGUCACAAACCUGCACGUAGGCGGCCUUUGGGAGAGUGGUCGCUCUUCUCCUGAACUUUGAGGGCAACCAGGAAAGCUCGGCAGCACCCAGGGCGACUGGGCAGCCUCUUUAGGACAGCACUGCCCACCCUCGCAUGAGGGAGGGGGUUAGAAAAGGUACCCUAAACAAUGCUUUGCCCUCUUCAGUCUGGUCAGCUUACCGCGGUUGACAGACUCAUCCAAAUUGCGGUCCCAAUAAUAUGGCUUUGAAAAAUACAGAAAAUAACAGACACCGGUAUACAUUUCUGGAGAAAUGUGGUUCCGGCAACUGUGAAACGUUAGAUAGUGAAACGUUAGAUAGUAAAAUGUUCAGAAAAAAAUAUUCGAACAAAAGUCAUGGAAAUCACUUAUCUGGGAUUUUCAUCAGCGCAGAUGAUCUUAUUAACAAACAUUUAAAGAUAAAUAACUAUUUAGAUUGCCUGAAAUAUGAUUGGAACUUUAUUGGAUUCUCUGAGACAUUUCUCAAAAAGAACAGUCCUCACUUACAUAUGUGUGGUUACAAAUUCGUUGGUCAAAACCGAGAGGGUAAAAAAGGAGGUGGUGUUGGUCUUUACGUGCGUGAGGGCAUCCAUUUUGAACUAAAGAAAGAUUUGAUAAUACAAGGAAAUUGGUGCAAUUCCAUUUUCAUUGAAAUACCAUGCCCAACUGGUAGAAACAUUGUUGUUGGUGUUGUUUAUGCUCCUACUAUAAGCAGAAAAAACAAAGAAUUGUAUGGUCAAUUUGUGAAAUCUUUUGACAAUAUCCUUUCCACGAUAAAGAAGGACAACAAAACAAUCUCUUACAUAAUGGGGGACUUCAACAUCAAUCUUUGCAGCAAUCAUCCGUUUAAGGAAGCUGUCAAUAAUAAUGACCAUUCAUUUCUUAUCAACAGUCCAACUCGUGUAAGCACAGAGAAAGGAAUUGAAAGGAGAACGUUAAUCGACAACAUUAUCACGAAUGCAAAGUAUCAAACCACUGCGGGGAUUUUAAAAAGUGAUGUUUCGGACCAUAAUCCAAUAUAUUUUUUCUCUCCAGUUGCGCACCUUACUCCUCAUAACAAACAACCACGACUUUUUCGAAGAAUUCGAGACCAAGACAUCAACAAAUUAAAGGAUGAAUUACAGAAAACUGAUUGGAGCCAUGUCUACUCUUUAAACAAACCCAAUGAAAAGUGUAAUAAAUUGUUCUCAAUGUUUUAUACAUCACACAAUGAAUGUUUUCCAUUAACUGAAGACACAUGGAUAACGGAUAAAAUUUUAGACAAAACUGAAGAAAAGGAGAAACUAUUUCAAAAAAAUGAGGGACUUUAUCAAGCAAAAGAGAGACAUAUUAAAGAAAAAGUGAGAAGAUUUACAGAAAUAGAGGAACUUUUUAAAGAAAAAGAGAGACAUUUUAAAGAAAACGAGAAACUAAUCGAAGAAAAAGAGAGACUAUUUAAGGAGAUAGAGAUGUAUUCAAAGUACAAUAAGAUCUGUAAGGAACUUGAGCAGUUGAUAGAAACUGCUAAAAAAAAGUACAAUAAUUCUAAAUUCCACAAUUAUGAUAUUGAUAUUCCCUAUGAAGCUCAUCGGUUGAAACAACAUAAUUAUAAAUCUAGCAGAGUAUGCUCGUGUAUCUCUAAAGAAGCUAAUCAACAUGAAAUGGCGAAUUUAGUUCAUACUUAUCGGCUACCUGGCAAACCUUUUAAUCAAAAACAUCUAGAAAAACAACAUCUACUAACACCUAUUGUCUGUGCGACUAUGCACUUCACUGAUAUAACAUCUGAAGAAAUUGAAAAAACAGCAGAUGAGAUUUUCAAAGAUAAUUCACCUCUUGAUUCUGAUAGGAUAAGUCCGUACGUUGUCAAGAAAGUUAUAAAAUCUAUAAGCAAACCCUUAAGUCACAUUCUAAAUCAGUCUUUAAACCAAGGUGUUUUUCCUGACGCUAUGAAAAUAAUGAAACGUACUGUAUUCUUCACGAAGAAAGAAUGUAAGGAGAAAUGGACUUUGUCCUGUUUUGGUGAAAUAUUUGAAAGGAUUGUCCACAAACAAACAAAACAAUUCCUAGAAGAAGUUAGGUUUAUCAACAAUGAUAAACACCCCGAUGAAUUUGAGAAAUUUGGUGAAUUAGAAAGGUCAUUCACGGCCAUUGACAAAGGCAUCCUGCUUGAUAAAUUGAAGGAAAUAGGGAUCCGUGGGACUACUCAUGACUGGUUUUCCAGUUAUCUUGAACAUAGAUAUCAAUAUACCAAAUACAAAUCGUCUUUGUCUGACUGUAAGGAAGUAUCAACUGGAAUACCUUGUUCUUCCAUUGGAUUUCUUCUUUAUGACAUUUACACACAACCCAAAAAUUAAUUUCUUAAGCAAGAAAAAUAUUCUUGAAUAUAGAAUAUAAUUUCAGUUCUGAGAAAUGUCAUGACAAAAACCUUGUUUUGGAAACAAACAUUCCAACUUUUAGUAAGAACAUGAUUGAAGUGUUGUAAUGUAAUAUACCCAGAUUGGGUUUCUUCUUUAUGCUAUUUUCUUGAACAACGUCACUGUUUGUCCCGUUAUUGUACACCAAGAUGAAGUAGCCAUAAUUUAUCACAGUAGUA